AUGGAUGUAAGUAUUUUCGUGUGUCAAUUUGAUGUUAUGAAAUGUCGACAUAUGAAUCUGCAGAAUUCUCACUUUUGCAAUCCUAACAUUUUAGGUAUGAGUCAUGAUUUCAGAUUCAUCGUGUCGCAUGGAGGAAACUUCGUUCACUCAGAUGAUGAAUGGAAGUGGAGAGGGGACAAAACCACUUCCAUUUUAGUGUCGAGAAGUAUUACCGUAGCAGAACUUCUGUUACGAUUGAAGGAGAAACUUGGUAUCGUUGAAUCCCGCAAUGCAAUCGAAUUGAAGUUCAAAGUCCCGAACUUGAAUCUACCUCUGGCAGAGAUACGCGACGAUGAGGAUCUACAGUGGUACAUAUCUGUUCAUAAGGAAACUGCACUCUGCAUCACAUAUUUGGUAUUCAAGCUCCCAAUUGUUGGUAUGGCAACAGAUGCAAACUGUGAAGGGAGCUUGUUCGGCCCAACGGAAUGUCCAUCGAAUGUACAACAUGACGAGAUGAAUCAUCAGCACAAUCGUGCUUUUAUUGCUGAAAUAGACGAGACAAUGUCAUCAAAUUCCAGACGUUCGUGCACAGAUGAGUGGAUUACAGCUGCAAAUACAUCGGUUCUCGCCGAGAAGCAAAUAUUCUUUACCAAGAAACAGUUGUGCUCGAAGCUUCAUGUACUUGCUUUGCAAGAGAAGUUCCAAUUCCGGGUAAGCAGGUCAAGCUUGAAAAUGUUAAUAGUUGUCUGUGUGGAUGAUAAUUGCAAGUGGAUGCUACGUGCUUCUACUGUCAAGCAAUCUGCAAUCUUCAUGAUCCGUAAGUUCGUUGCAGUUCACACAUGUUCCCUUGAUUUUCGUCGUAACGCACAUCGGCAUGCCACUAGUGUUGUAAUUGCGGAGCACAUUUUGGAAAAAUUGGAUACUCCAUACCGAUCAUAUCCGCCUACUUAUAUUGCACGUGAUAUGGAACGUGAGUUUGGUGUGAAAAUCAGUUAUAGCAAAGCACGUAGGGGGAAGCUCCAUGCCUUAAAUAUGCUACAUGGUACACCAAGGGACAGUUUUCAGAAAUUAUCUUCGUACUGUCACGUCGUAGGAGAAAGUAACCCGGGGACCGUUACCCACAUCGAAGUUGAUUGUUGUAAUAGGUUUCGUUACUUCUUCGUAGCUUUUGGUGCAAGCAUUCGUGGAUACAUGCAGUACUUGAGACCCGUUAUUUGUGUGGACGGCAGUCACUUGAAAGGUCCAUAUAAAGGUACACUCCUAGUGGCAACUGCCCAAGAUGGUAACAAACAGAUUUAUCCGUUGGCAUGGGGGAUCGUGGAUGCUGAAACCAAUAAAUCGUGGAAGUGGUUUUUAUCGAACUUGAAAGACCUUAUAGGGGAUUCCGAAGAACUCGUGUUCGUUUCAGACAGGAAAAAAAGUAUUCAGAAAGCUAUUUCUCAGUUGUUUCCGUCGUCUCGGCAUGGUUGUUGUAUAUGGCAUAUGGAAAAGAACCUAAUACAGCGGUAUAACAACGCAAGCCUAUUAUUUCUAUUCAAAUGA